UAGCAGCCUUAACAUUAUAGAAAUAAAUAAAUAAAAGCUUCACGGCGGGGCAUUUUUAAUGCAAGUUAAAAAAAAUUAACUAAAAAAUGGGGAAAACACGCGACACUCUGGCACUACUUUGCUGUCGUAACGAAACAAACCACCGCGUUCCAACAGUUACAGCCUUGAUAGCUAAAUUCAGCUGCUAGCCGAGCGAGAUUAGUAUUAAAAUCCAAUUCCCGUGUUUGACAUUUUACAUUCGCGGCCAAGCACCUAUACCGCCGUGUCGCUGUUGACUGUUUCAGCCCUAAAUAUCAACAGACAUAUCUGAGUGUGCAAACAACUGCAGGUCUGCACAGAAAAGCUCGCGACCGAGUCUGUUUUAUUAGCCUUUAGUAGCAGUUAAGAAGAUAUUACCCCCCGUGUCUAGCUUGUGUUUGCCAGUUAGGUAAAUACAAUCGGUAGAUUCCACACUACAUGUCAUUUAGAGGAUUUAAGGACACUAAACGCAUCCACAGACCCCGUUUAGCGGCGUAUAUAAAUAGGAGCGUUGCUGCGUGAGCCGUUUUAAAACACUUGGAUUUUACUGUAAAGCUAACGCAGCGUUAAAUAAGCCGUGGCGAUAGGGGCAAGUUUGUAACGAAAGUGCGACUGGCGUCGGAGGUGGGUAAGCCUAAGCAGUGUAUUGUGGGAGAGACAGCAGCUACAGACCAGAGGCACACAAUAUGUGUUGGCUCUCGCCGAAAAGGAGGCAGUAUUCUUCAAGCUAAAUCAUGUAAUGUAAGCGGCGAAAGGAAAGCGAUUUCGUCUUCUCAUCAAUUAAAAAAAACACUCGAUCGGACGAACCAUGUCCAAGCCAGGGGAGAGGAACAGAUUGAACGAAGACCAUGGCAGAAAGCAGAGUUCAAGUUUGGCGAACGGCAUGGACAGUCAUCCCGUCUGCGGCUCGGCGGAGAAGCGGAGUCACCACUGGAGAAGUUACAAGUUGAUAAUCGACCCGGCGCUAAAGAAGGGAUCUCACAAGCUGUAUCGCUACGAUGGACAGACUUUCAGCAUGCCCAACCCCGGGAUACCACCGGUGGACAUCGUCCGAGACCCCAGGAUCGGUCGUCUCUGGACUAAGUACAAAGAGACGGAUCUGCCGGUGCCUAAAUUCAAGAUCGAUGAGUGUUACAUCGGCCCCGUGCCUCCAAAGGAGGUGACUUUUGCCAGGCUGAACGACAACAUCAGGGAAGGAUUUCUUACCGACAUGUGCAAAAAAUUCGGAGAAAUUGAGGAGGUCGAGAUCCUGUACAAUCCGAAGAACAAAAAGCACCUGGGAAUAGCCAAAGUUGUUUUUGAGAGCGUGAAAGCCGCCAAAGUGGCUGUGCAGUCGCUGCACAACACGUCUGUUAUGGGAAACAUCAUCCACGUGGAGCUGGACCCGAAAGGUGAGAAUCGCCUGAGGUACUUCCAGCUUCUGAUGAAUGGCAGCUACACUCCACGGACGCUGCCUGUUGGUGGAGAGGAAGCCAGAGAAGUUUCCCCUCGAAGCCUGGCAGAAGCCUUACUGGCUUGCGAGCCCAUCCGCAAGUUGUCAGAGAGCGGUGUGCCUGCUGUGGGAGGAACAUUACCACCCAGCAGCUCCUCCACCCCCCUGACCCUGGAGACCGGCUACUCCAGCCUAAGGCAGGACACGCCACAGUCCCAGGGAACCCCUCAUACCCCACGCCAGGCUGGUACGCCCUUCUCUCAGGACUCUAGUUACUCCAGUCGGCAGUCCACGCCUGCCUACCAGUCCAGCCGUCCUGAGGGCUCGGGAAGCUACAAAUCUCGCAGACAUGAGAGUAAGUUCCAGGAUGCAUACAACCGGAGACCAGAGAGGCCUCAGUAUCGCAGCAGCAUGUAUCGAAAUACGCCUGAACAGGCUCCUUUCAAACAGCACCAGCUCACACCACCAGAACCUCCACCUUCCACCACUUCUUUCAACUACACAGCACCUCCUCCCUCUACACCUAACUUCAAGUCCUCCUUCUCACCCUACCAGCCCCCUUUGCCCCCUGCAUUCCCUCCAUCAGAGCCAGCUUUCCAUCACCCAGCCCAAAGGGAGGGUGAGUACCUGCGACCGCCAGAGCCGCCUCUGACAGCUGCCACUGACUUUUUACCUGUUAAGGAACGGCCAGAGACUCCUCCAAUCCCCGAGCCCCCGCCGGAGCCCGUUCCUCAUCCAACCACCCCUGCUCCUCAAACACCAGAGCACUGUCCUUCACCUGGCUCCCCCAUUCUGGAUCCAGAGCGCAACAGCCUGGAUUCUCGUAUUGAGAUGCUGCUCAAAGAGAAAAGGACAAAACUGCUGCCAUUCCUGGAUGAGCGGGACUCAGAUAAUGAGGUGCGAAUGGAGGGAAGUCCGAUUUCCUCCUCGUCCUCACAGCUAUCCCCAAUCCCCCCUUACACAAGCGGCUCUCAAGGUGGCCAGCAAAAUUCCCGUCCCUCUAGCACGGGCUUGGAGGAUAUCAGCCCGACACCACUGCCAGACUCGGAAGAUUAAGAGCCAAUUCCUGGAACUGCCUCGUUGAUCAAGAGAAUCAGCUCUCCUGUCCAUGAAAAGAACAGCAGUGAACUCAAAGAGGGAUCUUUUCGAGGCCACUCUCCCACUGAAAAAAUGGACACGGGUCAUCAGUCGUCAGGAGAGGACAUGGAAAUCUCUGACGAUGAGAUGCCUGGGACUCCAAUCACAGGCGGAGACUGUGGCAAAGGCAUCGUUGUAAACUCUGCCAUGUCUCCGAUGCAGACCAUGGCCAUCCAUCCUUCCAGCUAUCACCCCCUAUCCCACCAAGCCGGUUUUGCGAUCCCGCAUCACCUGGCCCCUCACUCUGCCGUCCCAGGACAUCCUCACCUGGCCGCUCAUCCCGGAGUGCCUCACCCUAUGCUGCCACCCAUGGGUCCCUACCCUCCAAUGCCAGUGGUGCCAAUGGAUCUGAUGAGCUGCUUGCGGUGGGAACAGUGGAGUACGAUUCCCAUGUCCUUCCAGAUGCAGCAGCAGAUGCUGAGUCGCAUGGCUCAUACCAGAGGGCCCUAUCCCUAUCCACAUUUUAUGGACAAUGGUGCAUCUGGGCAUUUCGGGGGACCCUAUGCACCUCUUUCUCUGGGUGCUACACCUGCAGGCGGCACAGGAGCACCUGGACAACAAUGGCAGCAUCCCAGUUUACCAAAGUUCAACCCUACUGUUCCUCCUCCUGGAUAUGAGACUAAAAAAGAGGAUCCUCACAAGGCCACUGUUGACGGUGUGCUCCUGGUCAUUGUCAAAGAGCUGAAGGCCAUCAUGAAGAGGGACCUCAACCGCAAAAUGGUGGAGGUGGUGGCUUUUAGGGCCUUUGAUGAGUGGUGGGAAAAGAAGGAACGCUCUGCUAAGGCAUCUUUGACUCCAGUUAAAGGUGCAGAGGGGAAAGAAGAAGAGAGACCUAAACCCAAAGAGACGAUCGGUUCAAGUCUGCUUGAGAACUGGAACAAGGGUGAGGGACUAGGCUACGAGGGAAUGGGCUUGGGAAUCGGGUUGCGAGGAGCCAUCCGCUUACCCUCCUUCAAGGUGAAACGGAAGGACCCUCCCGAGGCUGCAGCUGCAGGCGACAACAAACGAGCCCGACCCUCCACUCCAGUGGAUGACGAACUGGAGGACGAAGACCGGGAACGAGACCCAGCUGAGCUCCCCUUGGAUGAUUCCAAGCUAGAUGGCGACAGCGCAUUGGCAAAGCGACGCCACUCGCGACCACUUGAGUUAGACAGUGAGGGAGAGGAAGAGGUGGACACCUCAGGGAAGGAGGAGGAGUCCUUGUCUGACAGGGAGGAAGAGCCUGAUGAAACAGAGGCUGCAGAUAGGCUGUCACUGGGCAAAGAGAGUGGUGAUGAGGAAGGCGAUGUUGAAGAUGAGGGAGACUCAUCCAGUGAGAGCUCUUCGUCAGAUUCAUCUGAUGACGAAGCUGAGAGUUCCUCUUCCUCCAAGGUCAGCUCAGACUCCUCGUCAGAAAGCUCUGACUCUGAAUACGAGUUAAGCUCGGAAGAGGACGCUGAUGAUGAGGAAGCCAGGGAGACAGCAGAAGAUGCAGAGGCUGGCAAAGAUGCUGAGACCUCCUCAUCUUCUUCUUCCUCUACAUCUUCAUCUUCUGAUGAGGAGGAAGAGAGGGAAGAGGCAGAGGCUAAGCCUCCAAGCUCUCCCACAGGACCGAUCCCAGAGAUUAAAGAGGAGCACAUACACAGACCUCCUAGUCCUGAGGAGAAGUCAGUGGAGGACCUGAAGCCACCAUCACCUCAACAUAUCCCAGUCAAAGAGCGAGACAUCAGUGUGGACAGCCACAUUCCUGCAGUGAAGUCUGAGCAUCAGGAGCAUGUAGCAAACCUUCGGCCACCCACUCCCACAGGCGUCCUGUUUGACAGCGACCAGGAGACAAAAGCAAAAGGUAAAGCAGAGCCUGAAGAUGUAGCCAGCACCCCUGGUCGAUUAGACUCCUCCCAGUUAGAUUCAAGCACAGCUCUCCCCAAAUCGAUCUCCACUUCUGUAAUGCACCUCCCUCUCCCUCCUCACCUGGCAAUAGAAGGUCGACCCCUCCUCCAUCCUCCCCCUGGUCCCCUGCCUGACUUCCCUCAGCGUCCCCGGCUCCCCACAGAUGAAGAUAUCCCCCGCACACCUGGCAGGGAUCUCAUGGAGCGUGCCCGGACUCUGGGUAAAUCCCAGAGCACUGACACAGUGCCCAACACACCUGGUAGUGAUGCCCCGCUCACGGGCAGCAGCCUGUUGCUCAGCUCCCCUCACAUCCCCGGUAGUCCCUUCUCCUACCCUGCACAGUCCCCUGUCCUUAGUGCUGGAGUCCCCCGUACUCCAGGAAGAGACUUAACAUUCACCCCUGUCUUCCCUGACCCUGCAGCAAUUAAUAGGAAAGUAUCCUCUGAGAGCUUGGAUGAUAGACCAAUUUUUAAGGAGCCGCACAUCAGUGCUGUGCCAAACCAGGUCCUGGCAGCUGGCACAGAGCACCCAGUCAGCAUCCCUGAAGAUGUACCCACUGGUCUCUCUUUAGAUGUCCCUGUGUCGUCAGAUGCCACACCAUCAAAGAAGAAACCUGGACGGCCCAAAGGCAAAAAGCCCCCAGCAGUCUCUGCAGCUGACGAGUCUUUGGAGCUCUCAUCUGAGUCCAUCCCUCUGCCCCAUGAAGCACACCUUGGAGAUCUACCUGUACAAUCCCCCAAACACUCAAGCCUGGACUUUCGGGAAGGAGAGGUGGAGCCUCAGACGAUGUUACCUGCUGAAGACAACUUCCUGAGCUAUGAAGACGAGACACCUGUGGUGCCCACGAAGCCUGCUCGACGGGCACGGCGAGCCUGGGAUGAGAUCCUGCUGGGCAGCCUGUCUCCUGUCACCACGCCUCCCCGGCCAUACUUCUCCCGGCGCUCUGACUUUGAGGAGAUGACCAUCUUGUAUGACAUCUGGAAUGAAGGCAUAGAUGAGGAGGACAUACGGCUUCUGCAAAUCACUUAUGACAAGAUGCUCCAGCAGGAUAAUGGUAACGACUGGCUCAACGACACACUCUGGGUCAACCAUCCUCCUACCAACAUCCCUGGAGUGAAGAAAAAGAGGAGAGAUGAUGGCAUGAGGGAUCACAUGACCGGCUGCGCAAGAAGUGAGGGAUACUACAAGAUCGACAAGAAGGAUAAGAUCAAGUACCUUCAGAGUACACGGCUGCAGUCGGAGGAGCCGCCGGUUGACACACAGGGUAUGAGUAUUCCCGCGCAGGUCCACGCCUCUACCAGAGCUGGCUCGGAGCGGCGGUCGGAGCAGCGACGCUUGCUGUCCUCUUUUGAUUGUGACAGUGACUUACUCAAGUUCAACCAGCUGAAGUUCCGUAAGAAGAAGAUCAGAUUCUGCAAAUCGCACAUCCACGACUGGGGUCUGUUCGCCAUGGAGCCAAUCGCUGCUGAUGAAAUGGUGAUCGAAUAUGUGGGACAGAACAUCAGACAGGUGAUUGCGGACAUGCGAGAGAAGCGCUACGAAGAAGAGGGCAUCGGCAGUAGCUACAUGUUCCGUGUUGACCACGACACCAUCAUAGACGCCACGAAGUGUGGCAACUUUGCCCGUUUCAUCAAUCACAGCUGCAAUCCUAACUGCUAUGCGAAAGUCAUCACUGUGGAGUCUCAAAAGAAGAUUGUGAUCUACUCCAAACAGCCAAUUAACGUCAACGAGGAGAUCACUUAUGACUACAAGUUCCCCAUCGAGGAUGAGAAGAUCCCCUGUUUGUGUGGGGCAGAGAACUGUCGGGGAACGCUGAAUUAAUGUCCAGUCAAGGUCAGAAAUAUCUCCUCCAGCUUCUCUUUAAGCUUACCCCAAACUCAAUACAGACUGUGAUAAAACCUCCGACCAGCAGGAAUCUGACCUCUGAUCAGGAGGAACUGAAGAAGGAAGGUUUUAUUUGGGAGCGAGGAGAAGAAAACCGGCAAGUCAUCCGGACAGAGUUCAGCUACCUGUCCGGCACACUUCACAUAUUUAACUCUAGAUUGUUUACGAAUUAUGGUGCUCUUAAAGUAAAGAUUCAAAAAAACUUAUAGUUUUUUAUGUGCAAACACUUGACUUGCGGGUGCAGCGUUUCCUCCCCUCCUCUCAACAUCGGACAGUAUUUCAGCGUGGCUCCUUCCACAUCUGGCUUGUACAAGUUUUACACUUUUUUUUUUUCCCUUUUCUCAUUUGUCUCAUAAGCUUUACCCACACCACACGUGGUACAUAAAAAACAAACAAAAAAACAACAUAGACUCACAUGUUCAGCUGCUCACUAACACUGUUAAGACGCACAAGCCCACCAGGUAAACGUCCCCCGCGUGGGAGGAGAGGUGGUCGGCGCCCGAGCGGAUGGCAGAUGGUGCCGUUCCCAUCCAGCGGCGGGUGGAAGGACGGCAGGACUCUUUCUUUCUCUGCGCCGCCGCCACCUCUGCAUCAGUUUUUCUGGCCGUGAAUCAAACUAAUGAAACAAAGUCAAGCACCACAAGUGGUUAUCAUACAAAAUCUGGAAUAUCCAAACAGCUCCUGCUCUCACCAGCCAACAACAGAUCAUGCUGCUUCCUCUUAGUUUAUGCAAAAGCAAAUUAAGAUGUGCAAAAUUUGUAUUAAUGAUAUUCCAGUGUUUUGCAGUUUUGUUUAGGUUCUUUUCUUACCUGUUUCCUCAAAGACACUAUAUUUGUGUGUGAAUGUGUUUAUCGUACCCUGAUACUGUGUGAGACUGUGAGUACACUGCCCCCUGUAGGCCGAAGAGUGGAAAGCCAACCAAUCAUGCAGAGUGAGAAGAGUGAAAGCUUAGUCACUUCUUCUCUACAUCCAUUGAAAAGCAAGUGAAAAUACAAGUUCCCCUAAGUUUUUAGCUUCAGAGAGAGUAGCUAGUUCUCAUUUAAAGUGCCAUAUGAAUGUGUUACUGUCUUUGUUUAACCUGAGGAAUCCAGUGAUUACUGUUUUCCAGAGAUGCGUUCACAUGCAUGUGCACAGAUAUGCUGCCUGUUUUGGGUGAUGGAGGAUGGUGUUUUUGGCUUCCCUUUUUUUCUUUUUGGUCUGUCUGGGUUGACUGUCUCAUGUUUGUGUGCUCAUAGAUUUCUCUUUUUUGUUAACUACCAGUGUUUAAUGUUUCCCUCGAGGCAGAAGAGAGCUGUUUCUUUCUUUUAUAAACUCAUUACGAUGAAAAGAAAAACCUGUGAAUGCACUUGAGGCUCGCACUUCUGCUUCUGGCCCAUUUUCACCUGCUCAGUUUUCCCGCUAAGACCAAGUCAAACAUUGCUUUUCAGUCAGUUAAAUUGAAAAUGGAGAUUUUUUUUUUUUUUCUCACCAGUGAUGUUCAUAUUGUAAAUGAUUACUUGUACAGAAGAUCUAAUGCUCUUUUUAUAUACAUCUUCACAACUUUUAAGAUGCAUCUUUCUGUCUUUUUUGUUUUUUUUCCCACAAAAGACUGAGUAUUUAAAAAAAAAAAAUAUUUUCAGGGAUCUGUAAAAGGAAUCUGAUGGUUUAAAAGGUUGUUUAUUUAAAGAAAAAGGUCCACUGUGUACAGGAAAAGUCUCCACCUCCCUUUGGAAAGAUUGUUUCUUGUAGAAACGUCUUCAUUUUCUGCCCAUUUGCUUUGUAAUCCUAAUAUGUGUAAAUAGUGUAACUGU